UUUUAGAUUUGUGAUUUAUGGGCCAGUUGCAGUAGCUCAUGUCUAUAAUCCUAGCGUUUUGGGAGGCCAAGGCAGGAGAAUCGCUUAAAGGGCCAGGAAGUUUGAGAGCAGCCUGGGCAGCAUAGCAAAACCCUGUCUCUACAAAAAAAAAAAAAAAAAUAGAUUUGUGAUGUCCUGGUUGCCAUUUGUCAACUGGUUUGCCACACACAAGUGGAUUGAACAAUGCUGUGUGUAGAAUCCUAUAUUUUAUAGCGAAUAUUGUGUGUGUGUGUACAUAUAUACGUAUGCCCAUGCAAAAACAUGUUUUACUGAGCCAGCAGAGGAGAGUGCAAAGUUUCAAAAAUGGGAGACAUUCUUUUCUUUCGAGGAGUUUACAGCUUAGUUGGGGUAACCAGAGAUGUCGAAAUAUAUUGAUCUAAGAAUACCUAGAAAAAGAGUAUCAAAACAAGUGCCCUUUAAUAUAGAAAUCAGGCCUCUUUAGAAUGAACUCCAGGGAGAGUUCAUAUUUUUGGUCAUGCUGAAUGUGUGAAAUAUAUCUUGAAAUAAAUGGUUUGAAUGGGUUUGUGUUGACUGUUUUUCACUUUGAUUUGGUUGUAAGAGACUAAGUAAUAGUACAAGAAUAAAUUUGUGAGGACUCAAGUUAGGAGAGGCUAAAUCAAGGAAAGCUUCAUGGGAUUAAUGCAUUUUAAGUUAGGUUUUGAUGGAAUUGGGUGAGUACCAGACUGUCUGGGGGCAUUUCUUAGUCAACCGGAAUUCUCGGGGCUCUGAGUAGCCUUGAGAAACUGCCCUGGUAACCUUCCGUUCUGACCUCUGAGCCAUCGCCGUUCAAAAGACCUUUAGGAUGUUGAAGUCCACGUCCUAUUUGAGAUGCCCCUCCAUCCAUCUUUUGCACUAUCCAACAUUAACUUCACCUCCUGAGAGUCCCUAGAGGUGAUUCCAGGGAACCCAGAUCCACUGAAGACUGUCAGCAUUAUGGGGGUUGAGGGAUGCAGCCAGCCCUGAGACCACUGGGAGCUAUAAGGGACAGCAUUCUCUUUUUAAUGGUGGGUGUAAGGCGGUCAUCAAACUAAGCUGAGCAAAUCCACUGCCCAAGCAAUGGGCAGUAACACAGGAAGGAAGAAAGGAAGUACUGUACAAAGUGUGUGUGAAGUUUGAAAUAAUGGGAACAUCGGUCCUACAUUUCAGCAUAAAAGAGCAGCAUAUUUAGAAACAAAGGCAAGGCCUGGCAUUCCUUCCUGUUAGCCAAGAUUAGAAGGAGCUGUGGGAGGGGUAGACUUUCUGCAGGACCCCUCUGUGAUCUUGGGGGUUGAGAGUUAGAGUCCUAGAUUCCUUUGACCUUCUGGAUGUCAUCUUUUCCACAUCCUGUCUCUAGCCAAGGCUCUUCCUUUCUGGAGAGAUUGAGGUUGUUGUUUCCUAUUUCACAAGAUCCCUUUUAUUUUCACAUUUGGGGGGUCUCAUCCAGGAAAUUCCUUCCUGAUGUCAUCUUUGUGAGAUGUAAAGGAGGGAACGAGGGGAGGGGCCCCAAGAAUGUUUCUCCUUCUGUGGAAGUUUUUUUCUGCUCUUACUGCCAUUCAGCAUUACUUGUAUCCAUGAGAUGGCUUCUUUCCUCCCUCACCCCACCCUUCUUCAGUUUCCUGGAAAUGGAAUGGGGGCUGGAAGAGAGAAAGGAUGGAAAUUCCCAUUGCAUCUCUCUCAGCUGUGCAGUGGUUCAGAUGGGGUUUUGGUGAGGGGGGAUGGGAGAGGUAGAGAGAUGGAGUCAGCCCUGAAGGGAGAGGCCAGGAGACUGCUGAGCUGAUGGUAUGGGCCUAAUUACUCCCUGCCUUGAGCUUGCCUGUAAUUGUGGUUUCUGGGAGCCAGCGCGUCCUGGAAAUCUGCUGGCACAGCAGAGAUUUGGGGUUUCCGCCUGGGAUGGAGUUGAAUUUUCCACUUGGAGCAACUUGCCCAGCCCCCGUUUUUGGUUGGGGAGCAGAGUGAAUCCCUAAAGCUCAAAAGGAGCAAUUAGGAUAGUGGUAGGAGUAUCAGGCCUUCCUUUGGAACUGAAUGAGAGGUUGCGUACUGUGAAAUGCUGGACAUUUUCGUAAAGUUCAGAGAGGCAGCAGCUAGCAGGACCCGGUGAAGGGUUGUACGCUGCAAGUUAGAAUAUCAGCUCUGUCCCUAACCAAGGGCAAGUGACUCAAUCUCUUCAGACAUUAGUUUCUCCAUCCGUGAUUUGAUUUGAAUAUCUGUCUUUCCUAGCAAGGCUGUCCCUUAAGUAAUAGGUGGAGAAAUCCUAGACCAAUACAAGGGAGCAACUUUAGUCCCCCUUUUCCUAUGGUGGUGAUAAUAAUAAUGGUUAACAUAUUUUAAGCAUUUAAUGUGUGCUCUGUGCUAAGCGCUUUAAUGAAUUCUACCAUUUAGCCUCUUAACUAUCCAGUGUCAUAGUUACUUCUGUUAUACCUAAGGGAGCGUGGGUUGAGAGGUUAGAUAUGUUACCUGAGGUCAUGGCCCUGGUGAGUGGCGGCAUCAGGAUUCUAAAGCCUGUGCGUUUGGCCAGCAGACAUACAAAGUUGUCAGUACUGCAUUUUACUCGCUUUUGUCAGGAAACACUUAGAGCCAGACUGGCUUAGUGAAGCUGGCUGUUGGAUUUGGCAUCAGAGAAUCUGAGUUCAAGUCCUAGCUCUGGGCCUCACCAAUCCUGGGAGCUCAGGCAAGUCCUCUAUCUUCUCUGAACUUGUUUUCCAUUCAUAAAAUAUGUUUUCAGAGUUGUUCUGAGGGUUUAGUGAGAUACUAUCCGGCAUAACACCUGCUACUCAGUAGAUGCUUAGUGUGCAUUAGCAGAAUCUGACUUUGAAUGGGGGGAAUUUGGAUAAGUGUCAUAGUAUAGACUCAAAAUAAGCAGCCCCAGUCCCGACCCUCCUGAAUUUGUGUUCUGAGAUUUUAGAACAUUGGCGUAAGUUAAAGAUGGAUCUAUGGCAAAGUCAAAUGGAUGGCGAGGACUCGUUCUAGACAGAGUGCCAAGAAUUAGCAAAGUAAAGGCUCUGAAGUUCAACUGCUUACGUUCAUAUGCCAGCUUCAUUUCACUUGCUGGAUGCGUGAAAUCAAGCAGCUCAGCCUUUGUGUAGCCCAUUUUCUCAUCCGUAAAAUGGCAACAUUAAUAAUGCCAACUCAUGAGGUUGUUGGGAGAAUUAAAUGUUAUAAAUAAGAAUGGCUAACAUGAAUAAUCAAUCAGUGAACAAUCAAUAAGGAGUUCUUACUGAGUACCAGACCCUGGCCUGAGCAUUAUUUACAUGCUUUAGAUGAUUUAAUCCUAACAUUCUCAUGAAAUAGAAUCCUAACAUUCUUAUGAAUUCUGUUAUCCCUAUUUUAUGGAUGAGUAGUCUGAGUCAAGAGAUUAAGUAACUUGCCUAAAGUCAAAAGCUAAUAAAUAUCAGGGCUGGCAUUUACAUCUGGGAGGGGGCUCAGGAGCCUACACUCUUGUCUUAGUAAGCGCUUUAAGAAUUUGCUAGCUCUUAUUAUUAUCCUCAUCAUGAGUUCCCAUUUAUCAGUCAGUCAGAAGAAUUUACUAAGAGCAUAUGCUUAGCACUGUGUUAUUGCAGGUUCUGUCACCAAAGUAUAUGUGACAGGAUUUCUGCUCAUGAGGAGUUUAUCAUCUAGUUGGAGGGAGAUAGGAACAAUAUGGAUGAAAUGAUUUGAUAACCAGUGCUAACUGGUAUGGUAUGGACUCAAAAUGCAGCAGAAAUGGACUUGGUUACUGAAAAGACCAUUGGGUAAGUUGGACUAGUUAGUUAAGUUUACUAGAGAUGGCAAUAUUGAAUUCAGCCUUAGAAAAGUGGCCUAACGGGCAAGGUUGGGCUCUUUGGGGUACUAGAGUUUGAAAGGAUUUAGAAUUUCAAGGUUGGUCAUUGAGCAUUCAACAAAUUUCCAUUGAGUGUAUCCUGUGUGCCUCGGUCAAUGGAGACUAAGAUCCAAAUUGAUUGCUCAGUUGCGGUUGUUUCUCUCCUGGCCAAUUCAGGUUCAUUUCCUGGAGAGUAUGUUUUGCAGACUAGCAAUUUCCAAGUUGAAAUACUAUUAUUGCCCUGCCCAAGGUAGUCCAUUGUUGAUGUAAUAAAGCUUCAUUAUCAUGUGAUUUGUGCCCGGAUAGAAUCAGCAUAUAUGUCCAGGUCCUAGAAAGGAACUGCAGGGACCACCUGGUUCGUUCAUCUCUUCCUCUCUCCACCAUCUCACCCCUCCCUCCCUCCGCUGUCCAACCCCACGUAGGCACUUGCGACCACACUUUUUCCUUAGGAGGAAUAUAAGACCUAGAACUAAGACUAUAAUUCAAAUCUUUAAACCUUCGGGGCACUUUAUUUAAACUGUGCUGCCUGGUAGUAAAUUGUGAGUCAAAUUAAGUGCUCUAGGACAGAUGCCUACCAUUUUUGUAAACCUACAGAGGGAAUUAUAAGCCCAUUUCCCGGUGCCAGUAAUUUUUGUCUUCCUAACAGUCUUUUCACUGUUGUGCAAGCCCCUCAGUAUCAAAGACGUAAUUCAGUAGGAAAUGUGUAAGAGACAGCAACACUGGCUGGAAAUGGCAGGAGCUACUGCUCUAAAAACCACUUUUCCUCCCACAGAAUGGUCUAGGAUCUCCCCCAGGGGAGAGGGCACCCUCCCUUUUUUAUGAUCUAGAUCUGCAGACCCCAGAAGUGCCUGCAUAGCCAGAGCCAAUGGAGCAUUCUUUUGGUUUGGGGCCUGCCUCUUGCACCUCCUAUCAGGCAGCUAUAUGUUGAGUUUGUUGCUUGUCCCAACGGUCCCAGGCCCAUUAGUCAAUGUGUGGGGAUGGAGUAAACAACAGAGAGAUCCAGUGUGGAUCCCUGGGUGAUGAAACUGGUGAGAGCUGCAGGGAUCUGGCUCCUAGAAAACUUGGUUCCGAUUUUCUCUGGCUGGCCUUCUGUCAGCAUCCUAGCCAACUAUGUAUAUCAAGUAUAUCCUCUGUAGAGCUCAGUAUAUUGGUUGAGAGACCCGUUUCAGGAGGCUGGAGACUUGGUGCUAAAGAAACAAAAAAUAGAUGUCUCCUUCAGGACAGGUAUUCUAUUAGAUCACACGGUAGAAUAUAUGCGUUUCUUUUAAAAGCAAUACACGGGCAGGGAUCUGUGAUGAUAGCACAAGUCAGAUGCUUAAGGGCCAGAGGAGGCAAAGAAUAGGCGUGGUCAUUAUUCUGAGUUCAUUGAGGAAGGCUUUCUGAGGGAGGGGAGUUUCUGGGCAGGUUUUAGAAGGGUGGAACAGGAAUUUCCAGAGGGGCCUGUUGCAGGCUGGAGAAUAACCUCCCCUGCCUGCCCGCCCUUCUUUCUUCUGUUUCUAGCAGGGCUUCCUGAAGUCACCAUUCAAGAAUGUGAAGGGUAUGGACUCAGCCUGUGACACUCUGGCUCCCCUCCCGCAACUGUAAUGGGCCCCCAUUACAGUUGGGAAAUUAGGUUGCAUCUACCUGCAGUUACCUCCGCUGAAGAAAGGCAGCCUCCCCGAGGUUAAGUAGCCUGUCUUCCCUGGGAGAUUCUGCACCUGAGCGCAGGUCCCCUUCCCACCAUCGCCAGCCCUCGGAUGCCUCUGAGACAACAGGUCUUGUUCAACGCUGUGUCAUUAUCCAAAAGGACCAGCAUGGCUUCGGCUUCACAGUCAGUGGGGAUCGAAUUGUUUUGGUGCAGUCUGUGCGGCCUGGAGGUGCAGCCAUGAAGGCCGGUGUGAAGGAGGGCGACCGGAUCAUCAAAGUCAACGGCACCAUGGUGACCAAUAGCUCACACCUGGAAGUGGUAAAGCUGAUCAAAUCUGGCGCCUAUGUCGCACUCACCCUCCUGGGCUCUUCACCUUCAUCCGUGGGCAUCCCUGGGCUUCAGCAGGACCCAUUCCCAGCAGGAGCUCCCCGAGUCACCCCAGCGAUCCCCCCACCGCCACCUCCUCCACCUCUACCACCUCCACAACGCAUCACAGGACCCAGACCUCUGCAGGAUCCCGAAGUUCAAAAACAUGCCACCCAGAUCCUCAGGAAUAUGCUGAGGCAGGAAGAAAAAGAAUUACAGCGUAUCUGUGAGGACUAUAGCCGGAACCCUGACAGCCUACUGGAAGAGCAGAUGGAAGGUGCCCGGCGGCGGGUCACUCAGUUACAGCUGAAGAUCCAGCAGGAGACUGGUGGCUCAGUGGACAUACUUUCACUAUGUGGUGACACCGGCCAGAGACAAUCAGAAGGCCGGCUUUCUCUGGAUUCCCAGGAGGGGGACAGUGGCUUGGACUCUGGGACAGAACGCUUUCCUUCGCUCAGUGAGUCAUUGAUGAAUCGGAACUCGGUGCUGUCAGACCCUGGGCUAGACAGUCCUCGAACCUCCCCUGUGAUUAUGGCCAGGGUGGCCCAGCACCACAGGCGGCAGGGCUCGGAUGCAGCAGUCCCCUCAACCGGUGACCAGGGUGUAGAUCAAAGCCCAAAGCCUUUAAUUAUUGGCCCAGAGGAAGAUUAUGACCCGGGUUAUUUCAACAACGAGAGCGACAUCAUAUUCCAGGAUCUGGAGAAACUGAAGUCUCGGCCAGCUCACCUGGGGGUUUUUCUACGUUACAUCUUCUCUCAGGCGGACCCCAGUCCACUGCUUUUUUACCUGUGUGCAGAAGUUUAUCAGCAGACAAGCCCCAAGGAGUCCCGAAGCUUGGGGAAAGACAUCUGGAGUAUUUUCCUGGAGAAAAAUGCGCCUCUGAGAGUGAAGAUCCCUGAGAUGUUACAGGCUGAAAUCGACUUGCGCCUGCGGAACAGCGAGGACGCCCGCGGCGUUCUCUGUGAAGCUCAAGAGGCAGCCAUGCCUGAGAUCCAGGAGCAGAUCCACGACUACAGAACGAAGCGCACUCUGGGCCUGGGCAGCCUGUAUGGUGAAAACGACCUACUGGACCUGGAUGGGGACCCUCUCCGAGAGCGCCAAGUGGCCGAGAAGCAGCUGGCUGCCCUUGGAGAUAUUUUGUCCAAGUAUGAGGAAGACAGAAGUGCCCCCAUGGACUUUGCCCUCAAUACCUACAUGAGCCAUGCUGGGAUCCGUCUUCGAGAGGCACGACCUUCUAAUGCAGCUGAAAAGGCCCAGUCUGCUCCUGACAAGGACAAGUGGCUACCCUUCUUCCCUAAGACCAAAAAGCAGAGCAGCAAUUCCAAGAAAGAAAAGGAUGCCUUGGAGGACAAGAAGAGAAACCCCAUCCUCAAAUACAUUGGGAAGCCCAAAAGCUCUUCUCAAAGCACAUUUCAUAUUCCCUUGUCCCCUGUGGAAGUCAAACCAGGCAAUGUGAGGAACAUUAUUCAGCACUUUGAGAACAAUCAGCAGUAUGACGCCCCAGAACCUGGGACACAGCGACUCUCAACCGGAAGCUUUCCCGAGGACCUGCUGGAGAGUGACAGUUCACGCUCAGAGAUUCGCCUGGGCCGCUCUGAAAGCCUCAAGGGCCGGGAGGAGAUGAAACGGUCUCGAAAGGCAGAGAACGUGCCCCGCUCUCGCAGUGAUGUUGACAUGGAUGCUGCCGCAGAGGCUACUCGCCUGCACCAGUCGGCCUCGUCUUCCGCCUCCAGCCUCUCCACCAGGUCUCUUGAGAACCCAACCCCUCCUUUCACUCCCAAAAUGGGCCGCAGGAGCAUUGAGUCCCCCAGCCUGGGGUUCUGCACAGAUGCCCUCCUUCCCCACCUCCUAGAGGAUGAUCUAGGCCAGCUAUCUGACCUGGAGCCAGAGCCAGAUGCCCAAAAUUGGCAGCAUACAGUGGGCAAGGAUGUGGUGGCUGGGCUAACUCAGAGGGAGAUUGACCGGCAAGAGGUCAUCAAUGAGCUAUUUGUGACUGAAGCUUCCCACCUGCGCACACUUCGUGUCCUGGACCUGAUCUUCUACCAGCGAAUGAAGAAGGAGAACCUGAUGCCCAGGGAGGAGCUGGCCCGACUCUUCCCGAACCUGCCUGAACUCAUAGAGAUUCACAAUUCCUGGUGUGAAGCCAUGAAGAAGCUCCGGGAGGAAGGCCCCAUCAUCAAAGAGAUCAGUGACCUCAUGCUGGCCCGGUUCGAUGGCCCUGCCCGAGAGGAACUCCAGCAGGUGGCUGCACAGUUCUGUUCCUAUCAGUCAAUAGCCCUAGAGCUAAUCAAGACCAAGCAGCGCAAGGAGAGCCGAUUCCAGCUCUUCAUGCAGGAGGCUGAGAGCCACCCUCAGUGCCGGCGGCUGCAGCUGAGAGACCUCAUCAUCUCCGAGAUGCAGCGGCUCACCAAGUACCCGCUGCUGCUGGAGAGCAUCAUCAAGCACACAGAGGGUGGCACCUCCGAGCAUGAGAAGCUCUGCCGGGCCCGGGACCAGUGCCGGGAGAUUCUCAAGUAUGUGAAUGAAGCAGUGAAGCAAACAGAGAACCGCCACCGUUUAGAGGGCUACCAGAAACGCCUGGAUGCCACCGCCCUGGAGAGGGCCAGCAAUCCCCUGGCAGCAGAGUUCAAGAGCCUGGAUCUUACAACCAGAAAAAUGAUUCAUGAAGGGCCCCUGACCUGGAGGAUCAGCAAGGAUAAGACCUUGGACCUUCACGUGCUGCUGCUGGAGGACCUCCUAGUGCUGCUACAGAAACAGGACGAGAAGCUACUGCUGAAGUGCCACAGCAAGACUGCCGUGGGCUCCUCAGACAGCAAGCAGACCUUCAGCCCUGUGCUCAAGCUCAAUGCCGUGCUCAUCCGCUCGGUGGCCACAGAUAAACGGGCCUUCUUCAUCAUCUGCACCUCCAAGCUGGGCCCACCCCAGAUCUAUGAGCUGGUUGCAUUGACGUCAUCAGACAAGAACACAUGGAUGGAGCUCUUAGAAGAGGCCGUGCGGCAUGCCACCAGGCACCCCGGAGCUGCCCCAAUGCCUGUCCAUCCUCCACCCCCAGGGCCCCAGGAGCCAGCCCACCAGGGAUCUACACCCAGCAGGGUAGAACUGGAUGACUCAGACGUGUUCCAUGGUGAACCUGAACCUGAGGAGCUGCCUGGAGCAGGUACUGGGCCCCAGCAGAGGGUCCAAGGGAAGCACCCGGUCCUACUCGAGGACCCUGAGCAGGAGGGCAGUGCGGAGGAGGAGGAGCUGGGUGUCCUGCCUUGCCCUUCCACAUCCCUGGAUGGAGAGAACCGGGGAGUCAGGACAAGGAACCCCAUCCACCUGGCCUUCCCAGGCCCUCUGUUCAUGGAAGGCCUCGCUGAUUCCGCUCUGGAAGAUGUGGAGAACCUGCGACGCCUGAUCCUGUGGAGCCUGCUGCCAGGUCACACCAUGGAAACUCAGGCUGCCCGGGAGCCCGAGGAUGACGUGACACCCACGCCUUCAGUCAUCGGCGUCACCUCUCACCCCUGGGACCCAGGCUCCCCAGGGCAAGCCCUCCCUGGGGGUGAAGGGGACAACACCCAGAUUCCAGGGCCGGAGGGGGAACGGCCAGAACAGGAGAACAUGGCUCUCUGUUCUCUGGAAGAUCUACCCCCAAGGACCAGAAAUUCUGGGAUAUGGGAGUCUCCAGAACUGGAUAGGAAUCCGGCUGAAGAGGCUUCAAGCACAGAGGCAGCAGGAGGUUACAAAGUUGUGAGAAAAGCUGAGGUGGCAGGCAGCAAGGUUGUCCCUGCACUACCAGAGAGUGGCCAGUCAGAGCCUGAGCCACCUGAAGUGGAAAGCGGAACAAAGGCUACUGGGAACUGCUUUUAUGUCAGCAUGCCAGCAGGACCCCUGGACUCAAGCACUGACCUUUCAGGGGCACCCACGAGCCCCCCUCAGCCUGACAGCUUCCCUGCAGGGCAGAUAGAACCUCAGCCUCAGCUGCAGGGAGGCAAUGGAGAUCCAAGAUGCCUCAGCCGCUCUCCCCCAAGCCUGGCCCUCAGGGACGUGGGCAUGAUCUUCCGUACCAUUGAGCAGCUCACCCUCAAGCUCAACAGACUCAAGGACAUGGAGCUGGCCCACAGAGAGCUGCUCAAGUCCCUUGGGGGAGAGUCGUCUGGUGGCACCACGCCCGUGGGCAGUUUCCACACAGAAGCAGCUCGAUGGACAGACGGCUCCCUCUCACCUCCCGCUAAGGAGCCCCUGGCUUCUGACUCCAGGAACAGCCACGAACUGGGGCCCUGCCCUGAGGAUGGCUCUGACACCCCCCUGGAAGAGAGUGCAGCAGACGCAGCCACGUCACCAGGACCAUAACCGUGCAAACCACCAAAUCCCCUGUGUCCCCACUCCUCCUUCGGGGACUGGCCUGAGACCGGACCCAGGGUGGGGGAUCCUAACUCUCCUCACUGUGGAGGAGGCAGUUGGGGAAACUAGGAUCCAGCCAAGGCCUGGGGGGAGACCCGCAUGUUGCUUGGUCUGCUCAGAUCGGAGUCAAGUUUCAGUGUCUUUUCCCUCCCUCAGCCCAACCCUCUAAGGCCUGGUGUCUCCUAAGCAUGCUGACUGCAUCUGAAAGGCCCCCACUCACCAUGGCUGCCCUCACCCCACACAUGCGCGUACGCGUGCACGCCUGGACGUGCGCUGCCCUCAGACAUGCAAGUGAGAGGAGGAGGCUUCUGUGUAAAUGCACUUUCUUCCUCCCCUCUUUCUCCACAAGACCCCAGGCGGAGGUGGGUGCCUCCCCUCCCCGUUGUCACUUUGGUCCUAUAAAUAUGUAUGUAUUGUAUGUGCAUCUUCGCUAUUGUAAAUAACUGACCUUUUUUGUUCCUGUUCCUGGAGUGCUGGAGGCAGUUAUGGAAGGAGCUGCUAAGGGAAGAGAGGGUUCACCUGUAUCUCCUAGUUAACCCAGCCCCAGGAUCAGGCCUAAAUGGGGGCCAGGCCUGAGUGUCCCUGUCCCUGUGAGUGGGAAGGUCUGGCUCCCCAUCCCACCUGGCUCCCCAGCUCACCUGGCUCCCCAUCCCACCUGGCUCCCUGUCCCAGCUGGCUCCCCAUCCCACCUGGCUCCCUGUCCCACCUGGCUCCCCAUCCCACCUGGCUCCGCAUCCCACCUGGCUCCCUGUCCCACCUGGCUCCCCAAUGCACCUGGCUCCCUGUCCCACCUGGCUCCCCAACGUACCUGGCUCCCUGUCCCACCUGGCUCCCCAAUGCACUUGGCUCCCUAUCCCACCUGGCUCCCCAACGUGCCUGGCUCCCUGUCCCACCUGGCUCUGGAGCCUGCCCUCCACAGCUUGCUGCUGAGCUGCUCCCUCCCUCCCUGGACUCCUCAUCUUUGCAAGAUGGGACUGUGGGAGUUUCUCACCCCACCUAUGUUCCCUCUUCCCCACCCUGUCCCUGUAGAAAACUAGUGAAGCAGGUACGGAGCUGAAGACUGGGCCCCAAGAGGUAGGGAGAGGGGGUCUGAAUGCUAGGUCCCUGAAUUCACCCAGGACCAUCCGAGGGGCCGCCGCAGCGUCAGCCCCAUCACCACGUCCUCGCCAACUCUCCCUGAUGAAUAUACACACUGUGCUAGGUGUAUAUAUACAUAUAUAUAUAAAUAUAUAUAUAUAUAUAUAAAAUAUAGAUAUGGAAAUGACUGUUUUGCUGUUAAGAUGAUGUAUACUCUUUUAUUUUCUUCCUUUCAUGGUUAAGAUUUUUUUUAAGAAAAGUUAAAUAUUCUUCAA